AUGGAUCCGUUGACGCCACAGCAAACGGACGCGUACUUGGCACGCCUCGGCGUGUCCAAGAAAGAGCCUUUCACCGCCGACCUGGAUUCGCUCCGGACUCUCAUUGAGGCGCACCUGCAACGCGUUACCUUCGAGAACGUCGACGUUUUGCUUGGCAGACCAAUUGCGCUGGAUGUCAACUCGCUAUUCGCCAAGGUAGUGCAGCGCGGGCGCGGUGGCUAUUGCUUCGAGCUCAACUCUUUGUUCGCUCGUCUUCUGCAAUCGCUGGGCUACCGGCUGCGUCUGCGUAUGGCCCGCGUUCGCUGGGGUCUCCCUCCAGAAGCACCGAUAACGCUUCAGCAGCACUUGGUGCUCAUCGUGGACAUCCCCGAGGGUGAGCACCUUGUUGACGUCGGCUUCGGUGCGGCGAACCCGUACCUUCCGCUGCCCCUGAAUGAAACACAAAGCACGGACCACCCGUACUGUCUGCGGCAGAUUGGUGCUGAAGCCGACUGCGAACCUGGUACGCUGGAACUUUGUGUCCGAGGCCGCGAUGAGUGGAUACCGAUCUACCGCAUCGAACCGCGCGAUCAGCGCUGGCGGGACUGUGUUCCUCUCAACUGGUACACUUGCACGAAUCCCGAAUCUGUAAUGCGACGUUUGCUUAUGAUGGCACGCACUGACGGAGAAGCGUGGCUCAGCUUGUUCAACGGUCGGUACAGGCGCCGCCUGCGUGUCUGUGGUCACGACGCCGUGGAGAAGAGGGAUAUCAAGGACGUGGACGAGUUGCUUUCCCUGUUCCAGACUGAGUUCCGCCUUCGCCUGUGUCCCGAGGAUUUAGAGCCGCUACGUAAUCGCUUGGCAACGAUUCUCCUCGAGGAACUUCGCUUUUGA